CGUCAGUUGGAGAAAAAUGCCAAGUCUUUCCUGAGCUGUUUCUUUUUAGCUUUUGAACUGUCUUUUCCUUGAGGGGGGGGGGGAGAAUUAGCCCUUUCAGCUUCAGCUGAGGGCAGGUGACUUGAAAACCCGCUUGGAAAAAAUCCAUCAAGUUGACAUCGGAUUGUUCCAGACGGGGUUUUUGAUUUUUUUUUUUUUAAAAAGAAUUUGCAAAGAUGCUUCUCAAAAUCCAGUUCCUCCUUUUGCUGAUUGGGAGUUUGUCAUUUCAGGGAUUUGCGGAAGAAGCGAGUACAGUUUUACUGGAAGAUGAAACAGCAACUGGAGACAGUGAUGGCUCAGGGCCACCCACUCCGUUGCCUACAAAACAGCAGGAUAUCACAGAUACUUUCCCCUUUGAAGAACUGCUGACCACAGAAAAUGCCACAUCAUCUGGGGAAGACGGUGACAAUACGACAGAUCCAGAAGUCCCUGAAAAUUCUGAAGAUGGUCUGGAAACCGCUGCCCUUGUUGGGAUCAUCAUCGGGAUAAUUGUUGUAAUUGGCGUGGUCACCGGGAUCAUCAUCACAGUUGCAAAGAGAAUGUCGGGCAGGUACUCGUAAGUACGAUCCAAGACAGACGCUACGGCGACCAGGAGACGGGCUUAAGGCCCUAAAAAUCGACAAUAGAAAACCAAGAAGAAAAUUAAAUCCUGCAUCCUUUCUGAUACGAGAUUUUUCUCGUAUUGCUUUCUCCUUCCUGAGCAUCUCUCAUCGUGUACGGACAAUGGAAGAUGACCCGUGGAACAGCAAAAGUGGACUUGCCAGCCCAUGGAGAUCCAUCACGAUAUCCUGGAGGGAUGCUUUCAGUGCCAAAAAUGAAAAGCUGCUGACCUAAAAUAGCUAUAAAGGGAAUGGAAAAUGUUGCACAUUUAGGAACUUUUUCUAUAAAAGGGAGGGGGUGUUUAUUUCUACUGUGCCAUUUACAGGUAAUCAAAACAGGUUGCUAGGGGCAGUUUACAGAAUCCCUGGGUGAUUUCACAUCCUGUACAAUUCUGUUUUUUAAAACAAUUAUGGGAUGGAUCCAGCCAGCUGCUUCGCUCGCUCCUUAUUGCAGUCCUUGUCCAGCUUGACUUUGGCACACGCAAGUCCUGCGAUCCACAUCAUGCAGGCCCUUUUCUGGGGCUUAAAAGGGAUCCCAGCGUACUGUAGAUCCAGUCCUACCAAUAUCUUGUGAAAUAACAGAUCCGUGCUACUGAUCCAAGACAAUGGAGGGAGUCUAAAACAUUACUGUGUAUAUCUUAAAAUUAAGCCAUUUUGAAUGUAUCAAGCUGAGAUUCUGUAACAAGAAUAAACGAUGCACAAAUGUUUAAUGGUACACAA